AUGACGCUUGUGUCGAGAGUGUGGUGUGCUUUGGCAUUCGGCUACUUGGACGAAGAAUGGUUUGAUGACAUCAAUGUGACGCUGUCCCAACAAGUGAUGCAGAACUACAACAAGUUCGUCACUGGCAUGCAGAUGGUGCAGUCUGUAGAGACAGAGCUCUCCCUCAUCGGUGUGCUGGUCAAGAAUGGGCGCCGAAAGCUGCAGACGCACGACCAAGGCAUCACACGAGGCUCCAUGCAGAUCACGCGGCAGCACCUGCGGCGGCAGCGCCUGAAAGAGCUGCUGGCGAUGCUGGAGGAUUUGCAGAGCAUCGUCGAGAUCGAUGCGUGCCUCCGUGAGAGCAUCGACGAGGGCAGAUACGCAGAGGCCAUUGUGCAGCACUCGGUGCUGCAUGACGCGCUGGCCAGCACCCAGUACCGGCGCUUCCCGGGACUCGUAGAGCUGCAGCAGCGCAUGGGGGACCACCUGGCGCUGGUGCAGCAGAAGCUCAGCGACGCCCUGCGCGCUGCCGCGGUGUCUGCGGACUUCCAGGCGGAGCUCUACGAGGAGAUCUUGAAAGCCUACAGUCUCCUCACCGCUGAUCAUGCGAUCUCCGUGGGCAAGGAGCUACUGCGGCACAUUAGUGAGGUCAUCGUGGCCGUCUCCCGGCAGUGCAUGCUCGCCUUCUCCACUGUGCCCCCGCACGAGUCGGCAGCGGAUUGGCAUCGCCGAGCACAGCUACGGGAUCUCUGCAAGAGCAUGGACCCGGGGAACCUGGUGCCGUGCAUUGCGCAGCUCUAUGAGCACCUCUGCAAUUUCCUGUGCGCCAUAGGAGACACGACGCGCGGAAUGCCGUAG